UUUAUUUAUUUCUCUCUGUUCUUUGGGCUCCCUGUGGUUACCUACUGCAUUUCCUCCACAGCAAGCCCAAAUAUGAAGACUGCAUUUCUGUAAUUAUAUCCUACGGUUUAGCUUUACUCUUCCCUUCAAUCGUCCCUUUCCUGCUUGCAGCGAGGUAACCCACUCUUGUAAAAAAGUGUAUUUAUCUCUUCCGUUUUUCGUCACAAGUUUCCGCAAUUUUCCCGUAUUAUGUGAUUCGUAGCUGUCCCGAAGGCAGACGGCUUUAUUACAGCGACGAUAAGAUAAUUUGGAUAAUUUUCAUCUUGGAUCAUGGCAACAAACAACGAAGUUCCUCUUGUUCUUCAAUACCCCACUUUCCCUGUGGAAAUUGUCCCCAUGAAAGAGGUAAUGGAAACCUUCAAGGAAAGCUUUGAACUCAUAACCGAAAGCGAUCUGAACGAUUCAAGCCGGCCUCAAGUCAAGGGCAUACUACAUCCUGCAAGCUUUGGACUGAUCACAGAAGAAUUGAUGGCAUCUUUGCCUAACUUGAAAGUGAUUUCCAAUAUUGGAGCAGGAAUUGACAACAUCGACCUCGAGGCUGCCAAACGACGGGGGAUUUUAGUGGGCAAUACACCUGGUAUUUCUGACUGUCUUGCUGACUUUGCAUGGGCUCUGCUGAUGGCUGCAGCCAGGAAUGUCAUUCAAGCUGAUGCCAUGAUGAGAAAGCCAGGAUUCAAAAUACCGUCAAUAAUCAACUGGCAUGGGACGAGAGUGAGUGGAGCGACUUUGGGGAUCAUUGGUCUUGGAAAUAUUGGACUAGCAGUUGCAAAGCGAGCCAAGGGCUUUGAUAUGAGAAUCUUGUACUAUAACCGAACAAGGAAAAUGAAGGCUGAGUCUGAAUUAGGUGUGCAUUACUGCAGUGGCCUAAAAGAUCUUCUGAAGGAGUCAGAUUAUGUCAUGCUUAGCUGUGCCCUCACACCAGAAACCAAGCAUAUAAUCAAAUCUGCAGAGCUUUCACAGAUGAAGCCAUCAGCAACACUCAUCAACGUUGCUAGGGGCGGACUUGUCAAUCAUGAUGACUUGACAACAGCUCUGCAGAAUGGAGUUAUUCGUGGUGCUGCACUUGACGCAACAGACCCUGAGCCUCUCCCCCAUGACCACCCUCUACUUGCGUUAUCUAACGCGAUUGUCACUCCACAUAUAGCCAGUGCAACUCUCCAUGCACGGAGGGCUUAUGUUAAGAAUGCAUUAUUGAAUGUUAAUGCAGGGCUCAGGGGUGAUCCACUGCCCUUCCCAUGCUAAAUGCUGCUCACAAAGCAAACAAAUUUAUUUGAAGUUUUGUUUUUAAUAUUUACACUAGAGAUGUACUAAUCUAAAAAUACUUGUUUUGUAUUUUUUUUUUAAAGUGUGCAGCGUGUGUAUAAGCAUUAAAUGCAGUUUAUCUGAUAAUACAAAUAGCCAAUACUUUAGCGCCAGUACCGGUCAGCGGUACUUAGUUAUGUUACGGCCACCAAAUCCGGCCUUCUCUCCGCCAUCUUGUUUUUGCUGUGUUACGAUACUGGCUUUGGUUCUCUGUUGAUUAAAGCGUUUCCAAGUUG